AUGAAUAUUGUCAAGCAAAAACGCGGUCGUGCAAAGGGUACAAUCACUAGGGUUUCAACAUUUUCGGAAUCAGUCGUCGAUUCCACCCCUAUUGACAUGCUAGAAAUUCAAUUAAAGAAACUUCAGGAAGCUUGGUCUGAAUUCGUUUUGCAGCAAAAUAAUUUAUACGAGUUCUACGACCAGGAAGGUUUCGUCGACCCUGAACCCGAAUACGGGGAAUAUGAAACGAAAUAUUUCGAAGCGUUUUCUAAACUUUCUGGGUCUAUAAGAAAACAUCCAGAUAAGGAUCGUGAUGAAGCAUCAACAAUAAAUGCUUCGGUUUUGCAAAAAUCAAACUCUCGUCAGUCGGUCGUGUUGCCAAAACUUGUAAUUCCAGUUUUUACUGGAGACUAUAAGGAUUGGCCGGUUUUUAAAGAUUUGUUCACGGGAACAAUUGAUUGCAAUGUCUCCCUAACCGGUACGCAAAAAUUUCAAUAUCUGAAAUCAUUUCUGGGUGGUGAAGCGGCUACUCUUUUGAAGCACAUUUCGUUUACCGAAGAAAAUUAUCUCGAAGCUUGGGAUAAGCUUGAAGCGCGUUACGACAAAAAACAUUUAAUCGUACAAUCAUUCAUUAAAAGUUUCAUGGCCUUGCCGUCGUCUAAUAAUUUGAAUUUAGAAACUCUUCGCAAGCUUACAAAUGGAGCUGAUGAAAUAGUUCGUGGUUUGAACGCGUUACAAAUGAACUCUAGAGAUCCUUGGUUGAUCUAUAUUCUUGUUCAAAAAUUAGACAGUGAAACAAAACAAGCGUGGGCAAAAAAGGUAGAAUCUCGGGAUGACUGUACCAUCCAAGAAUUUCUUCUGUUUCUACAAAAUCAGUGCGUUUGUCUCGAAUCGUGUAGUUCAUUUUCUGGUCCUAUUAAAACAUUGAACAAAGUUUCUAACAAUAUUCGAACACAUUUCGUCGAAGCAAAACCUAAUUGCCCAAAGUGUAAGGAAGAUCAUAUACUUCCAUUUUGUAAGACAUUUCUCGCUCUUGAUACUACCGCACGUCGCGAAUUCGUUAAACAAAACUCGAUUUUUUUCAACUGUCUUAGAGUUGGACACGCAUCUAACAAAUGCAAUUCUAAAUUUCGGUGCAGGUCGUGCAAUGCUAGACAUCACACCCUAGUACAUGAACCUAGAACUACGUCGACUAAUAAAACAACUGAACAACCAUCGACACAAAACCCUUCGAACUCCGCUGUUACUCAUCAUUCUCUCGAAUCUACUCGUAAUACUCAUUCAUCUCUCGAAUCCAACGCUAUUAAAUCUACAAUUCUCCCUACUGCCGUCGUUAAGGUUCAGGAUAAAUUUGGCUCGUUUCAAAACAUUCGAAUUCUACUCGAUUCAGGAUCCCAAAUCUCGUUUAUUACGGAGAAAGCUCUCCAACGUUUGGGUCUUCCUAGAAAACCAUCUCGUAUCCCUAUUGUUGGAGUCGCAUCAACUUCUGCGGGCAAACCCAAUGGUCUCAUUUCGUUAAAACUACACUCUCGUUUCAAUUCAAAUCACAUAGAUAUAGAUUGUCAUGUAAUAAAAAAACUUACGUCUAUGCUUCCGCCACUUUCGUUGAAUUUAAACACAACACAAUUUCUUUCGUUGGAUCUUGCAGAUCCGAAAUUUUAUGAACCAGGAACGAUUGAUAUGCUCAUCGGAGCAGAUAAUAUUUUCAACAUUAUUCUCGAAACACCAAGGGCAGAACCGGGUGCUCCUAACUCUUUGUUGACAAUUUUUGGAUGGGUAAUUGCUGGAAGCUAUGAUCGCACACCAUCCAGUGAAGCUUUCAGCUUGAUUAUGCCAAAACAAAGAGCUGAGGAUGAUUUUAUUCAAACUCAUAGUCGCCAUACAGAUGGUAGAUACAUGGUUAAUUUACCAUUCAAACCCAAUUGCAAACCCACAUCUGAAAGCUCAUCUCGAAUCGCACUCAACCGACUAUAUUCAAUGGAAAAGAGAUUCGUUCGUGAUCCUGAACUUCAAAAACAAUACUCUUCCUUCUUAAACGAAUACAUUUCAUUGGGUCACAUGGAAGAAAUACCUGUUAAAGAGAUAAACGAUUCAGAUUCUUACUAUCUACCUCACCACGCCGUGUUCAAGGCUGAUAGCAGUACAACAAAAGUGAGAGUUGUUUUUGAUGGCUCCGCAAAGUCAUCACCUGAUUCGAGGUCCUUAAAUGAAUCCCUUUUCGUUGGCCCUGAAGUCCAAUGCGACAUAUUUACAAUAUGUCUUCGUUCUCGUCGUCACGUAUAUACAAUGUCUGGGGACAUCGAAAAGAUGUACAGACAAAUCUGGAUUUCACCAAAACAUACAAAUUAUCAAAGGAUUCUAUGGCGAGAAAAUCCUGAAUCUCCGAUUAAACACUAUAGGCUUUUAACUGUAACCUACGGGACCUCGGCUGCUUCAUUCUUAGCGAAACGCGCGCUUAAACAACUAGCUUUGGAUUCUGCUGAAACACACCCUCGAGCUUCUUCAGUUAUCCUUAAUGACUUUUAUGUCGAUGAUUUGGUAACAGGCGCUGAUACAAUUGAAGAUUUAAUCGCUCUUCAAAAAGAGCUUGUUGAGGUUUUGUCACUUGCCGGUUUUAACCUUCGUAAGUGGACAACUAAUUGCUGGCCACUUCUCAUAUCCUUCCCCGAAGAUCAACGGGAACUAUCUCCUAUCGAUUUUGAAAAUUCUCUGACUGUAAAGGUCCUCGGGCUGCGCUGGUGUCCAUCUGGGGAUUGUUUCUCGUACAAGGUAAAUUUGGACCAGUCAACAUCAUGUACAAAACGUUCUAUCCUAUCCGAAGCAUCGCGCAUCUUUGAUCCCCUUGGCUUUUUAGCUCCGGUCGUGGUAGCUGUAAAGAUAUUCUUUCAGGAUUUGUGGAGAGCGGGUGUAGGAUGGGAUGACCAAAUCCUACAGGAACUUUCGCAUCGCUGGAUCACUAUACGAGAAGAGCUUCAUUUAUUGGAAUCAAUCCGUAUUCCGAGACUAAUGUGGACAAAUAAAGUGAACUACGAGUUCCAUGCAUUUUGUGAUGCUUCCUUGGAUGCAUAUGCAGCUGUAAUCUACUGCAGAAGUGAAAAUCUAGAUGGGACUGUCUCAAUUUCAUUAAUCGCUGCUAAAACGAAAGUUGCUCCAAUCAAAGUGCUCUCACUUCCUAGACUUGAGCUUUGUGGAACUCUUUUAUUAACCCGCUUAGUUAAAAAAAUCAAGAUUUCGUUACAGAUAAAACAUAUGCAAUUAUUUGCUUGGACAGACUCGUCCAUUGUCCUACAUUGGCUAGCCGCACCGCCCAAAAAAUGGUCAGUUUUUGUUGGAAAUAGAACAUCAGAGAUAGUUUCAUCUAUUCCGGUGAAAUCCUGGAAUCAUGUUAGAUCCGCCGACAAUCCUGCUGAUGUUCCAUCAAGAGGAAUUCCGCCAUCUCAACUCGAGUCGACUGAUAUCUGGUGGAAUGGUCCAGUUUGGCUUAAAAUGAACCGCAGUGAAUGGCCUAAAACUCAACAUGAUUUGCAGAACGUAUCAAGUGAUCAGCUGGAGGAAAGGAAUUCUAAUAAAGUCCAGGUAUUCGUAUCCCAAAUAAAUGAAAACAACAUUCUGAGACAAAUAAUUAAUAAAUCGUCAGAUUGGAUAAAAUCGUUACGUGUGGUUGCAUACAUUUUUCGUUAUCUUAAAAAUCGUCGCCUUGCUCCGGAACUACGUGAUCUACAUGCUCUUUCAACUUCAGAACUAAACAUCGCUAAAACUUGCCUGAUAAAAGCCUCUCAAUAUAUUUUAUUCGCCGCUGAAAUCGAAAGUCUCAACAAAAAUAAAUACUUGCCUUCGCGAUCUAAACUCUCAUCAAUUGCCCCUUUCCUUGAUAGUGAAAAUGUUCUUCGCGCAGCCGAAAUAUUGUCAGAAAGGUAG